GCCAGGCCCAACCAGCAGUAUGUGUCUGCCUGUAACCACCAGGGUGAACUGGCACAUGGUCCAGGAAGGGUUUGAAGAAAAAAAUGACACAAGGAAACCAUUCCACCACAGUGACAGAAUUUAUCCUGGCUGGAUUAACAAACAAACCAGAGCUCCAGCUGCCCCUCUCCCUCUUCUUCAUAGGAAUCUACAUGUUCACUGUGGUAGGGAACCUGGGCAUGAUCAUGCUGAUUGGGCUCAGCUCUCACCUGCAUACACCUAUGUACUAUUUCCUCAGCAGUCUGUCUUUCACUGACCUCUGCCAAUCCACUGUCAUUAUCCCCAAAAUGCUGGUAAACUUUGUGGUGCAGAAAAACAUCAUUUCCUACCCUGAGUGCAUGACUCAGCUCUAUUUCUUCCUAGUUUUUGGUAUAUCAGAAUGCCACAUGUUGGCUGCAAUGGCAUAUGACCGCUAUGUUGCCAUCUGUAACCCUUUGCUUUACAAUGUUACUAUGUCUUCUCAAGUCUGUUUUUGGUUGGUAGUUGAAGUGUAUAGCAUGGGCUUGAUUGGUGCCACAGUUCACACAGUCUGCAUGCUAAGAGUGCUUUUCUGUAAAGCUGAUAUAAUCAACCACUAUUUUUGUGAUGUACUUCCACUAUUAGAGCUCUCCUGCUCAAGUACUUUUGUGAAUGAAUUACUAGUUCUGUGCUUUAGUGUGUUUAAUGUCCUUGUCCCAACCCUGAUCAUCCUUAGCUCUUACGUCUUCAUUAUUGCCAGCAUCCUGAGCAUUCGCUCCACUGAGGGCAGAACCAAAGCCUUCAGCACAUGCAGCUCCCACAUCUCAGCUGUUGCUCUCUUCUUUGGUUCUGUUGCAUUCAUGUACCUGCAGCCAAUGUCAGUUAGCUCCAUGGACCAAGGGAAAGUGUCCUCUGUGUUUUAUACUAUUAUUGUGCCCAUGCUGAACCCUGUAAUCUAUAGCUUGAGGAAUAAGGAUGUGAAACUUGCCCUAAAUAAGUUCCUUGGAAAAAAAAACAACUGCCCUGUAAAAAAUAGUAUUUUGUUUUAGUAAAAAUUUACAAUUUCUGGAGGUUUGAUAAGGAAGCAGUCCAGAGAUAGCAAUAUAUAUUUACAAGUCAUGAGAUUAAUGCUAGUGUCUGAUUUCUUGGAAGACAGGUGCCAAGGAUAAUACUGGAUUACCCAGGAUCAAAUACGUAGAGAACAGCACCUCUUUGAGAUGUGCCAUGAUCCAUCUGUGCAAAAUAACCUGAUUAUUCACAUCUAAACACAUUUAUAAACCUUCAAAACACUCCUUAGGGUUGAAUAUACCUCAUUUUAGGCAAGUUUUUUUUUUAAAUCUUAA